CGUUAACGGUUAGCGUGUUUAUCGGAAAUCGCGACGCGCUUUGGUCUCACUGAACCGUGACAGGCGUCUCUCCAACAUUAAGCUUCAACUCUCAUCAUCUGCUCUCUUUAGUGGCCUUAUAACUCGUCAUUGGAAUAUGCCCGUAGAACGUACAGCGAAACGUCUCUUACGACAGACUACUCUCACAGGGCUUGCAGCUCCAGAACCAUCAUCCUCGGCUUCCUCGAAGUCAAAAACAAAGUCAAAGUCGAAAUCGAAAUCGAAAUCUGACCGUGUUUACACGGACGCAGUCCUCACAAUAAAGCCAGAAUUUAUGGAGCUUAUUGCAAAAAGAGAAAAGAACCACGAGUAUCGGAAGUAUGAGCUGAGAGACACAGUAGAGAGGAUAUGGCUAUACGAGAUUGCGCCUGUAUCUGCAAUAACACAUGUCAUCACCACCUCACGUCCAAAGAAACCAGGAGAGGUUAAUGAUCCCUCGGGCGUGGGCAAUGAUGAUUUUGACAACGGCCUGAAACAAUCGAAGUAUGGCUAUCCGGUGCUAGGCCUGCACAAGUUAAACCCUCCUCUGGGACCCAGUGAUCUGAAGGCACGUUUCAAAAUCGCACCCCCGCAAGGGUAUUACUACGCAACAAAGAAAUUGGUCGAGGAGGUGAAGCUCGAGGAUAUGGAGAAGUUAUUCUGACAAUCAUGUCUCCGCAUGCGAGACAUGACGAUAGGGCUGAAAUUUAUUGCAGGACAAUAACACUCUUUACAUUAGGGCAUUUAAUAUGUACACUAUAGGAUCGAUAUAUACCUGUCACAAACCGAUUCUAGGUCCUUGGAGACUGCAAAUGGAAAAGUUCUCAGCCUGUGAAAG